CGCAGUUCACAAAACGGGUCACACAAGGUUCACACAGGAUCCAUAAGAAGAGGAAGCAUGGUUGUCCACGUUAUCAAUUCAAAGGAGGAAUUUGAUGAAUUCAUAGCUGACUCUAAACUGUCGGUCAUAGAUUUCCAUGCUACUUGGUGUGGACCAUGCAAAAUGAUUGCACCAAGGAUUGAGGCACUUUCCAACGAAAACACCGAUGUCAAAUUUGGGAAGGUUGAUGUGGAUGAAGUGGAAGAGGUUGCAAGAAAGUGUGAAAUAUCUGCCAUGCCAACAUUUCAGUUUUACAAAAGUGGAAAAAAGGUUGGUGAUGUUGUUGGAGCAAACGAAGCUAAGAUAAAAGAACUUCUAAUGAAGCACAAGCAACAGUAAUCAGGUUGUUUUGGUGACACACCAGGAUUACCUCUAUAAGUCUUUAUUGUAACCAUGUAAUCUUCUUUUGGAGUUGGGUCUAAUCAAUUUAAAAGUUGAAAAAAGAGAAAACAAUCAAGUUUACUGAUUUUUUGGUCAUCUGAGACCAAGUCUUGUGGCAAUUUGUAGUCAUCACCUAUAGUCUGCCAUCUUGUAUUGUAAAUUUUCAUAUUUUUUGCUGACUUCUGGAAAACCCCUAGACUGAUACCUUCCAUGGCCAAUGGUGAACCAAAAUUGUAAAAUAUGUGAUCCCCCUGCCAGUCUGAGUAGAAUCAAAUACUCUUAAUGGGUGGAGGGUUUAUAUAGGAAAAAUACAUUUUUGACAGUAAUUUAUUUUAUUUCAAACAUAUUUAGAAUAGUUUAGAUGUGGGAUGGCAGUUGCUGCAUGACACGGUUUACAAGGGCAUUAGUUUACAAAGUAAUUCAUGUUAUCAUACUCUGUAAACAAAAUCAUUUCUAUGACUGAGGUGUCUGUCAAGGCUCUUGGGUCUCUUGCCUUUUUUAAAUAUUUAAUCUGAACUGAAUAGAGAAAAAAAGUGAAAAAAGUGGUCAGACACAUUGUUGAACCAGAAUGAAAAGCAUAACCAUGUAUAGAACAUGGAAAUGUGACAUUGUUUUCAUAAUGAAAUCAAAAUUCUGUGAAAAGUACUGAUGGAUGAGUAGUAAUAGCAGACUGUUUUGAUCUUUAAACAAAUCAGGAUUUAUGUAACUGAAUAGGAGAGAAAAAAUCACUGUUUCUCAACAAUCAAAAAAUUGUCCAGGGAUUUAAAUAUACUACGGUAUGUACAAUUAAAUGUUAUUUUUGACAGUACCAGUACUAAUGCUGUUGCAACUGUAACAUUAUAAGAAAUGCUGUUGUAACUGUAACAUUAUAAGAAAUGCUGUUGAUUUUUUUCUGAUUGAAUUUGUGUUUUGUGACUUUUUUUUUGCAACGAAAAUAUUUUCACCAAGUGUGUAGAAAUUAGUCAACAUAGCACAUCCAUUUCAUAAUACAAGGUUACAAUUUGGUAAGGUGAUUGUGCAGUAAAAUUCUAUCACAGUUUACACUACAUAAUUUAUACAAAUUAUUGUUCAGUCCUCAGUAAUUUUAGGGCUCCUUUUACAAUUCUGUUUUUGUUUUGUUUCUGUUUUAGAAACAAAAAAUACAAUUUGAUUUUUAAUAACCUCCAAAUUCAUUGCAAACUUUUCCACAAGGAAAUGAAAACACUUUUUGUAUUCUCAGACAUUGGGUAAAGUUUCAUGAAUUUAGGUGUAAAUGUAUUAGGUGAAGGACAAGGUUGUAUUAACAGGGGAUGUACAAUUAAUCAGCACCUUCUUAUUUCUCUUCUGCGAAGUUUCUUAAUAAAACUCUGAAAAAUAA